UUGACAACACACGACCAACAUAAAUUUUCACCAUCCGCAUCAGCCAUCAUCGCGCGAGCACUCUUCUUGUGGCAAGUAGGCAGUGGUGAGUCGAGUGGUGCAGCAAGAAAAAAAGUGGACUUUUUCCCUGCGCUUCAAAUUUUGUCAGUUUUUUCGACGACGACGGCGAAACCGCGAUUCGCAAUCCAGUGAAAAACGACGAGAGUGCAAGGCCAAAAGUGCAACGAUUUCAAGAAAACGGGACGAUUUCGCUGUCUUCGGCAGAAUAGCAUUUUAUUCCGGAUCGGUGUUCCGUCGUUUGGUUGUGUCGUCAUCGGGUUCGUUUUCGGUGGUGCGGGUGUUUGUUUUGCGCCGCUCCGCCACGGGAAAAUCGGGAAGAAAAAUUGUGUCGAAAUAGACAGGAGCCGCCCCCGGACCCUCGCCUAUCGCCCUUCUCCUGAAAAAGAAGGUGUUGUAAAAGUACACGCCAGGAUAAACAAUGGCACCAAAAUAGAUUCCCAGUGGAUUUUUUUUCUCUGGAUGUGUGAUUUGAUUUUCUGGGAGAUUAUUUGGACGGAUCGGAUGCAGUUUUUGUCCGGGAGUGUGACGGUGAUGCACAAAACAAGAAAAGGCAGUAAUUGGUGGUGAAGAAUUUGAUCGGAAGGAGGCGGAUUCCUUUUAUCGACGGGGAAGAAGUUGUUGGAUUUGAUGGAAGGCAGAGGAGGAAGUGGCAGGCGGGAAGAAAUUGAUGUGCUUUAGAGUUUUCUCCAUUCAUCAGGCAGACAGACACAGAGACAAGCAGACAGAGUCCAAAAGAAGAAAGGGGAAAGAGAUCGUCUUUGGGGUUUUGCGAAUCGCACUUUGUGGGGCAGCCAGAAGAGGAAAUAAGCGAGCAAGAGCAAAAACUUCGUCUUGGACAAAGGGUUCGCAGUGCUGCUGGGCAGGGCAAGGCAAGACGCGUCGCCGAUUGAAUCCAGUUUUUGUGUGUCAAAUUCUUUCGCCCCGUCAGAGUUAGUGGUGUAACCUUUUCCGCAAACUGAUGACGAAACUUGUGUUGUGAUAAAAGGUGUGGAACAUUCCCUGGGCGGAGUGCGCGACUAUUACGACGUCCUGGCAGUCGUCAAAAUUGUGUUACCCCAGAGGGCAGUUUCUCCGGAGGCGCAAAAGAAGAUUGAUUGCAGUUAGAAUCAAAUUCCAGUGUUGUGAAAGUUUUAUACACUCCCUCCCCCCUCGGAUACGAUCUCAGGAAGCAGAAAACGGCAGGUCCGCGUGCUGCUGAAGCUAUGAAUACAUCCGAAUUUCCGACCUCCAUCAAUCGAAACUCGUCGCCGAAGCAUGAUUUCCCCUUGCACAACAAUUACUCCAACACUAACAACAGCAACGGUGGUCUCGAUUAUCACAAUUACCCCAGCGGAGGUAGCCUCAGUGGAACAGGACCACCGCCACCUCCCCCGGGAGGAUCAUCCGCCCAGCAGCAGGAUCUAACCAUCGAUGGCAUCCCGAACAACUUCCCCCACCGGAGAUCUCGGGCGUCGCGAACCUUCAAGAAUCCACCCCAGCCGCACAUGUGUAUCAAGGAGAAAACCAUCGACGGGAAGGAGGUGUUUAUCAAUGUGCUCAGCUGGACCCGCAUUGCCAAUCCGGACAACCCGGAAGCGCCAAUCCCCCUGUACGGGGGGAUGAAAGUCGGCAAGAUUCCGCCUGGCAGUCCCCGUAUGCCGCCGCUGGUAUACGCCGUGAUGGCCAGCCCCGAGGUGCUCAAGAAGGCCGGGAGAAAGUGUCCGGAUACGCCGGAACGAAUGAACCUGGUUGAUCUUAUGUGUGAAUUCGUGGAGGCUAUGAACCCAACCUUGCAUUUAUCUCGGAAACCUGAAAUUCUCAAAGAUCGUGAUCUCUCCGGUGAGCUGAAAGACGUCUGGAGCGCGGUGCAGGCUUGCCGCGAUAAAGGACGCGUCGAUAGUGGCCCACCGGAAAAUCUAGUCGUAUACACUGAGUUCGGGCCCGACUCGGCCCCGUCAUACGAGCAAUCGCAACAGCAGCAGCAACAACUUCAUCAACAAAGACAUCAACCCCAACAGCAACACCUCCACUACCAGCAGCAGGAAGAUUUCCAACUUCGACUCGGUCCGUCACAGUACGACCUCCAGUCGGCGCCAUCACCGUACGAACCACAAAUGCAGUACCAUCAUCAUCACGGUCGCCAUAUAGCAGGGGACCAACCACUCAACCAUGACCACUACAAUAGCUCUAACAGCAAUUUGCAACAGGCCCAUAAGCAUCAACAAAGUGCAAUUACAAACAGUAUUGAACCGAACUCAGAGAAACAGCAUCCGUGCGAUGUCCCUGAUAGUGCCACCAGUGAACCAUCAUCACUGAACAGCGUCUGCAGCGUCGAAGAAUUGAACAGAGAAACCGAAAGUCUGAAGUUCUCAUCAACGCCAACCAGUGGAAAGAAAUCGAUCAAAUCCAAUGGUCUCACACUGCCAACCGGGACGACGGGCGGAGACGCACCGCCUUCAUCAUCAGAGAAUACCGCAGCGACCUCGCCAUCAUCAUCAUCGUCAUCGACAACUGCAGCCACCAGCGAAUCCAGUAACCCAGUGCCAGUAGCUUCCAAGCAACAACCAUCACCAACCUCGCCAACACUACAACAACAGCAGCAGCAGCAAACGGCGACAGUUAGUCCUACGGUGGCAACGUCACCUGCUCCUCCCCAGAAAGAAUCUAAGAAUUCCUCCAGCCAUAACUUCUUCCCGAUGUUCCGAUCUUCCAAGUCGUCGUCGAACAGUGACAAGUCCUCGUCGCAACACCAUCACCACAACGACAAGGACAAAGACAAGGACGGGACGGGCGGUGGGGAUUCCACUACGGCUCCUGACACUCCGGUCAAGACCAGUAGCAAAAAGAGUGGGUUGAACUUUUUCCGGCGGAACAAAUCGUCCGACAGCAAGAAGGAGCAACCGUCGACACCGACGAAGCAGGUCACACCCUCGGUGGCGGUUUCCACGCAGCAACAACAGCAACAGCAGCAGCAAACGACGGCGGAGAACAACAAACUGAACCUGUUGGUGGACGAAAGUUUGAUGCAUCACCAUCAUCAUCAUCACUUGGAAGGCAGCACAGGGACGGGUGAGAUCAUCGAGAACAGUUCCGCCACCAUUGCGGCCAAAUAGACAGGAAGGGCGGGCAAAGAGGUGCGAGACACAUUUGUGAUAAGCAGGGGGGAUGGAUUGCAGUCGACUCAAGGCGGUGUAGUAAGUGUGUGUGUAAAUAGCCUGAUUGAUGCGGGGAUGACAAGGUAAGUUGGAUUGACUUUAUCAUUGGAGGUCGCGCUAAUUGCUUGUUUUAUGAUGGUGGACAUUAUAAGAUGAAUACUUGAGGGCGUGUGCUCUGAGAAUAUGGUUACAUGUUUUGUUUUGGACGCAAUCACGAAGCAGUGUUUGAAGGGUGUCCGACAUCAAGAAGCAUCACGGAAAAUACGCUGUAGAAAAUUACAGCUUAUGCUCGAUAACUGGGCUGAGAGAACCUUCCAGUUAGCGAGCAGUGCUCGAUAACUGGACUGCAAUUCCAACGCACACACACAUUCAAAUACAAAUCGAGGGGGACUUAGAUGCAAAGUUUUGGUUGGCGUCAUUCGGUUUUAAAUAAUGCCGAAACCUUAUUUUGCAUUUGCACGCCCCUCGUCAGUUACGGGAUGGUGAAAGUUUUUGACGUUUAACUGUUUUUUAACUGGGCUACAGCCCAGUUAGCGAGCACCCAGUUAAAAAGCAGCCCAGUUAAAUAGCACCCAGUUAUCGAGCAUUAGCUGUA